CCGGGGGGACUCGAGGGGACCGGGGCCGGGGCCAAGAGAGGCAAAGCCGCGGUCCGACGUCAAGGCGGGAAUCAAGUCAGGCAGCGCCUCCAUAGCCUUGUCCGAGGAGUCCCUGAGGGGCGGGAGUGCGACCCCCGUGCAGGGCCCAGGGCAGUGCCGUGCCGCGCGUGAGGAGACCGAGAGCUUUAAACAAUGAGUCAGGCUGAUGAAGGAGGGUCCAGUGACACAGAACUGCCAGCUGAGAGUGAGUCACCUCCCCGUGUGCUGACUCCAACAGCUCCUAGCGAGGACGAGGGAUCCACUGACAUAACAGCAAGUCCUGCAUUUCAGUGUUUAGAUGAGCUAUUUUCUGCUGGAAAAAUCACAGAUACCAGAGUAGCUGAGCUGAAGGAACAGUACACCCUGUUGCAUGAGGCUGUGAUAAGUUUACAGGAAUCUGAAACCCAGCUGUUGCAGGAAGCCGAACGCCUGAGUGCAGAACUGGAACAACAAUGUGAGCUGGAAAAAGCAGAACAUCUCCCUGAAGAAACUUCCAGUGAAGCUUCCCAAAUAAGGCAACAACUUCUUAGAUGCCGAAACGAAUACACUGCUGUUAAAGGAAGAGUGUAUGAAAAUCGGUUGAAGAUAGAAUGUUUGCGAGAAGAAAAAAAGCUUCUGGAAAGUGAAUAUGAAAAAAUUUCAAAAGAGAAGAAAGACAAUAAAAUUAAACGGUUGAAAGAAAAUUGUGAUGAGCUCAGCAAAGAAGUAAUCCAGAGGAAAGCAGAAAUUGAUUCAAUAAAAGAAGCUGUUUCAUCAAAGGAAAAACUGAUAUUAACAGAUGAGGAAGAAAUGGAAAAGCUUCAGGAGAUGCAGACUAUUUUAAAAGCUGAGCUAGUUAGGAUCCUUGGUGUUCCAAAGCAACUUGCAAAAGAAACUGAGAAGUUGAAUCAGAAAAAAAUUGAUGCAGAGAAGAAGAAUGAAGCCCUUAAUGACCAAAUAGAAGAAUUGAAUAGAAUCCUGAAAGCCACUGAAAAAAAGACUGCAACGAUUUUGCAAGAAAAAGAAGAUGUAAUGAAGGAACUGGAUGAGAGACAAACUUUGAUACAAAAGAAUGAACGUGAAUGCAUUUCUUUGAAUAAAUUACUAGAAAUUGGUGCAGAGAAGGAAUUGGCUGUCCUAUCAGACAGACAAAUUCUGGAAAAUAAUUUUAAUAAAUGUAUCUUCGAGAGCAAAAAGCAGCAAGAUAUUCUCAGUCACCAUCAAACACAGAAAGAUAAAGAACUGAAAAGUCUAAAAAAGAUAGAGUUACAACUGAAAGAGAUUUGGGAUUCCUUGGAAGGAGAUAAGGCAAAGCAUAGAAGACUCAAAUCAGAGGCAGAAAUUAACUCAAAAAAAAAUGCAGUACUAUUAGAAAGACGACAAGAACUGCAGGAGGAGAUUGAAAUGAUCAAGAGAGGUUUAGCUGAACAGGAAAUUAUAUCAGACACGGAUGCCCGCGUGUUAGAAGAAUGCAUUGCUGCAGAAAACUUGCUUUUCAAAGAGCAGGAAAAAUGCAGAAAUGAGUUAUCUGCACUUACACAACUGGUUUGUCUCAGAGCUGAUGAGAGGCAACUGAAAUGCAGAAAUGUUCAGAAAGCCAAGAUUCAACUCCAAAGUAUUGUUAAGGAACUAAAAAGAAAGGAUCGUGAAAUAAUCAUUUGUAAAAAGAUGAAAAAAGAAAUGCAAAAAGAACUCCAAGGAUUUGCUAGGAUGUUUGAUUUUAUGCAAACUGAAAAGGAGAAAUGUAUGCAAUUGAUGCGUAUUGCUCAGUGGAAAGCAAGGGAAACUGAACACCGGGUGAAAUUACUAGAAAAUAAUAUAGAAAAUUUAAAGAAUGCUGUUAUAACCAGGGAAAGAAAAUUGCAGGAAGAGUAUCUGAAGAUUAAAAAGAAUGAGAGAACGAAAGCGUUGAUCAAAAAGGAUUGUAGCAAAAUUGUACAAGAGAUUGUAGAGCACAAAGAAAAGGAUAAGUAUUUGAAUGUUGACAGACUUACCACUGCAGCCACACAGAUGGAAGAGGAAAUUUUGCAACUACGCAAAAAUUAUGAAAGGGCUAUUCAGCAAAAAAAUGAGAGUGGUCUUUUGCUCAGAGAACGAGAAGAAGAACUAGGCUUUUUGUAUGAAAGAAUAAACAGGCAAGAGUUAUUGUGUAGAAACGGAGAUAUUAAGAUGCAAGUUAUGGAUGAAAAGAUCAGUUUUCUGAAGCUGAAGGUAGCUGAGAAAAAAAGAGAGAUUAAAUUGUGUUUUAAAGAGCUCACAGUGAAGAAUGCCCUCGAUGCACAACUGAUGAGACUUCAGAUACAGUAUUCCCAGUGCAGGGACAAGAUUAAACAGCUUGAGGAAAAACAUGGUGAUGCCACAAAUGAGAGCAGAAAACAAGAAAUGGGAGGGAAGGACCCGUCUCCACCUGAGCUGCUAAAAAGGAUUGAACAGAUAGAGGCAGAGCUGGUGCAGAAGGAGCAGAGACUGCUGAAGAUAGAUUUUCUCUGCGAGAACAUUUCCGAUCUGACGGACAGAAUCCGUACUGUGGUGGAGAACGGCAAGGAGGACACGCUGCAGUUCGCUAGGAGGAUCAAUGAACUGCAGAAGAAGAUAAAUGACAAAACCCAGGAGAUAAGGGCUCUUUUUGCAGAGUUAUCCAUGAAGCAAGCACUUGUCAUUAAACUCCAGGAGGAAAUCAGAGACAAAGAACAAUUUGUGAUGACUGCUUCAUUGAUGAUAAGUCAAGGCCUUCCCUUUCCUAAAGAAGCAGAAAAGGAACGGUGGAAGAUCCUACGCAAUGGGAAGAUGCAAAAAGCAGCAGCUGAAGUCAGACAUCCUGCAGAGGAGGAACAAGGUGCAGUGCCUGGCCAUGCUCCCACUAUCCCCAAGGAGGAGAGGCUCCCACCACUGCAGCCCUCCAUGGCUCCCUUCAGACCAAGUGAGCCCAGCUCGAGCCUCAGGCAUUUCAAAAAGCCUCCUGCAAAGCCAUCUGAAAUCUGAACAGACAGCACCAGGAGAGACCAUUACCACCUGCUGGAUCACAAGAGUCAGGAGCAUUUACAUUGCACUGAAGGAAGAUCUGUUGGUGCUCAGCCAAAUUCCAUACUGAAAACUAAGUAUUUGUUCAUGCCAAAAGCACAGCUAACUAGCCAGUGAUCCAGAACCGUUUCUCCUGGUAUCCCAAAUGCAGUGCAGUAUUUCCAAGUGUCACAAAAAGUGAGUGAUCUUCAUGCUAUACUUAUUUUUUUUUCCAGGU